CAGAUGAAAGUCAUCUCCUUGCGGUGGUUUGUGAUGGAAGUGUUGGACACGUUCAUCGCUCUAAUGCUAUCUGUCGUCUUGGGGACUGCAGCAGUUCAGGAACGAUUCACUCAGAGCUGCCUUCAAGUUGCGCUAAGCCUGGGUGAAGUGCAGGGCACGGCGGUGAACUUCGAACACAACGGAGUCUCUUACCAAACUGCGGCCUUCCUGGGCAUCCCUUUCGCUGAAGACACAGGAUAUGAAAACCGCUUUAAGAAACCUACCGCUACUUCAGGCUGGAACGGAGUCUUCAACGCUACUUACAAGAGGUCACCGUGCAUCCAGCGAAACACAACGGGGCCAAAUGGCUUCUUCGUCGACGCAUCGAACGCAACUGAAGAUUGCUUGCAUCUGAACAUCUGGGUACCAACGGGUUGUGUUGACGGUAGUCAGCGGUAUCCUGUCAUUUUCUGGGCGUAUGGUGGAACAUUUAACACUGGAGGAAACAGCUUUGACUUCUACGAUGGCCGCUUUAUUUCGGGGUUUGGAAAGAUGAUAGUCGUGGCUCCCAACUACCGCGUCGGGGUGUUUGGUUUCCUUAACACGGACACACCAGACGUCACUGGCAACAUGGCGCUGCACGACAUGAUUACGGCGCAUGAUUGGGUGAUGAACCACAUUGAACGCUUUGGAGGCGACAGGAACAACAUAAUUCUUGCUGGCCAGAGCGCGGGGUCAAUUAUAAGUUCCUUGUUCAUGAUUAGUCCAUUGCUACCAAGUUCGUUCUACUCCAAGGCAUACUUAUUGAGUGGCUCAGCGUUCACAGUACUGCCUGAAAAUUCUGAAGGUUCUGCAAAAGACAAUUUCGAGAUAUUUUCAAACAAAGCCAGCUGUUCCAUUGAAACGACCACUGAAUCACUUGAAUGUCUACGGGCAAAGAAUGGCACGAAGGUAUUGAAUGCGGAAUUGGAAUCAAGCCUACUUUUCACACCAAGUUACUACGACGAUAUUUUGCCCGUUAAGCUGACCGAAUUACUGCAAGGUAUUGAAGCAAUCAACAAGACGGUUCUGCUCUCCUCUACUCGUUCCGAUGGAGCGGGGUACUUUGAACUGGCAUUCCCGGAUGUGGUCGAGAAUAAUCUUACGUUUACUCCAGCCUUGCUUGCUCAAACGUUUCCUACCAUUUUCGACAAUAUUGACAACGAUACCUUGUAUGGUAUACUUGAAUUGUUACCGGGACCUUACAACAUAUCGCAGGAUAACUACAUGGGAUGGAAAGAGCUUUUAGGAGAUAUCUUGUUUCGCUGCCCCAUGCAUUUUAUGGGGGAAGCUCUGAGUGAAAAAGGAGCAAACGUGUACAUGCAAGAGAUUUGGUCAAAACCUUCCUUCAGUGUGUUCAGCGCCGAGUAUGCAGGCCAUGCCGAAGACGUGUUUAUGCUUUUUGGAUACUCUUUCCUAUACCCUUUUCUGGCCACCGACGAAGACAGAGACACCACUCUUCGAAUGAUCAGAACACUGGCGGACUUCGCUUGGGAAGGGAAGUUACCUUUACUGGAGGAUGGAAGUGUCUGGCCGAUGUACUCCACAUCUGCUGGGUCACAAGUGGUUCAACAAACGGACUCUGGCUACUCGAUCGAAGAACCUCGGGACUGUGAACUUAUUCGGUUUUUGUCGUCUAUUAUUGAAGGCUCCUGAUGGCUGCAGCGUGCUUCUGAUGGGUCGUUCAAAAAAGCCCUGGACACGCAAUUGAUCACUGUAGUUUACUGUUUUUUUGUUUUGUUUUUUUGCCUUCGUAUUUACCUAUGAUUUAACCCGAUUCUGAUACAGCUACCGCCUCUGUAGCCGUUAUGCUGGUUAUGAUGUGAGGGAAGUGCACAAAAAUUUUCGUAUAAAUGUUUAAGAAGAGAAAAAUGAAACCCGUUUACAAUUCCCUGUAACGCCGGUUGGAGCGCAGCUCUUGAGGAGGAGGA